CCGCUCGCACCCGGGGAAGGCCGCAACCCCCCGCCCCACUCCAAGCAAAAGCAAAGCCACGCCACCGCGGCAGCUACACAGCACCAUUGUGAACCAACACAUUUCCUCCCUGCCGCAGCAGCUCGCACGCCCAGCGAUCGGCGACCCGUCGAGCUACCUUGGGUUGUCGGCGGCGAUGGCGAUCCACCUGCUGGCGUUCAUGGCGGCCAAGGGCUUCGUGCAGGUGUUCCAGGUCUCGGCGCCGCUGCUGUGGCCGCUCAACCUCUGGCUGCCGCUCCCGCGCAACCUGCCGGAGGUCUGCGUCGUCGUCUGCGCCGCGCUCGCCUCCCACGUCGCCUGGCUGCGCCGCACGUACGCGCGCCGCGGCUCCAGGAGGAGCCGCGACGACUACCACAACGAGCUCUACCGCCAGGCGCUCCUCGACGCCGCCUACUAAGGAUGCUGGAGCAGGACGGGGUUCCCUUUUUUCCUUCUUGGGUUUGAUUUCUACUUAGGUUUCUUCUUCUCGGGCUGCAUGCUCGAUCAUUCAUUGCAGAGAGCGUCCCGUGAAUCGUGAUAUGUGUAUGUUGGCUGUAAGUUGUAGCAUUCAAUCUGUAGAUACGAGUAAAUUCUGCUACAGUAGUAGUUGAUUCGACGGAUUGAUAAGGACAAACACCACCAGGAGCCACACAUCGAGGAAGACAUGCCGAAGGCAAUGGCAUUGGUUGGCAUCCCACCCCACCUGAUCGAAAGCAUCGAAAGCACCAAACCGGAUCCCUGCAGUUAGCCGCCCGAUGUCCUUUAUCCAAGCAGCGGAAACACCUUAGAACAAGUACAAUAGUAGAGCCGGCUGUAAGCUCAUGUCAUGUCACCUAUAGACCAUCUUAUAGCUAACAUGUACAAUAGUUGAUUAGAAGAGUGUACUAUUUAUUUAUUAUAUGAUCCAUCUUUCAUA